CGGAAGCAGAACGAGUUGUUCUCGUCUAAAAAAAUAUAAUUUUUCUGCUAUCAAAGCACUUUUCUGCUGUGACAAGGCGUUUCAGGGACCAAUUUUGCGGUAUCGCAGCAGUUUUCAUCGAAAAUUCAAGAAAAUGUCAGAUGACGACCCCAAAAAAUCAUGUCUCGAGAAGCAAUUAGACGAAAUCGACUUACUUUCAUCCAUUUAUUGCGCUCCUGGCGAGCUCAAAGUCUUGGAUUACUCAACAAUACCUGAAAUUUCUGACUAUGUCAAAGGAAAAUCUUCAUCUCUCUCAAGCAAAUUGGAAUUUAUUGUGACAAUCACCUCCGAAGACAAUUACAAAGUCGAAGUACGAGUCGCCUUACCUCAUUUAUAUCCGCUAAAAGAGCUUCCUGACGUCACAAUUCGUUCAAGUCAGUACAAUCGAACGCAAGAAAGUGCCAUUAAAAUUCUUUUACAAGACUUUAUCGAGUCGGAAUGUGAUAAAAGUGACUCUUACAUCUUCCAAAUCAUCUCGUGGAUUCAAGAAAAUUUGAAAACUUUCGAGGAAUUGAAUAAAGGAGGCGUCGAAACGACGAAAAAAAUUGAUGAAGACGAGAAACCAGCGGAAAUGGAACGUUUGUGGAUCUAUUCGCAUCAUAUAAAGAGCAAAACGAAGCGGAGGAAUAUCCUUCAAACAGCCAAAGAACUCGCUUUGACGGGAUUUAUGAGACCCGGCAAACCUGGAAUCAUCUGCGUCGAGGGCAGAAAGGAGCACACGCAAGACUUUUGGCGCACGAUUCGUCAAUGGACAUGGCAGAAAAUCACUUUGCGCAAAGUAGAAACACCCGAAAAAGACUCGGAACUUGUUUCGCAAGAAGCUUUUCAGUACUUUGACUCGUUCCGCGAAUACCUCUUUAGCACAAAUGAGGACAACGAAGAAAUCCCGAUGGACAUGAGUCAGUUCAUGAAGUUCCUUGAUGCCCAUAAUUGUGCCUAUAUCAAAGAAUUUCUCUUUGGUUUCUGAUUUUUUUGAAUAUUUCUCUAAAAUUUUGUACAAAAAAUUGUUAAUAAACCAAAAGUUACCUUCUUGA